GAACGCUUUUGCUUCAGACGCCCAAGGAAUUUCACGCUAUGACUCUGGCUGCUUACAAAGAGAAGAUGAAGGAGCUGCCUCUCGUCUCCCUCUUUUGCUCCUGUUUCCUCUCGGACCCCCUCAACAAGCCGGCGUACACAUAUGAAGCAGACACGGUAGACCUCACUUGGUGCGUCAUCUCCGACAUGGAAGUCAUCGAGCUCAACAAGCGGACCUCGGGGCAGUCCUUCGAGGUCAUCCUGAAGCCCCCGUCGUUUGACGGCAUCCCCGAGUUCAAUGCCUCCCUGCCCCGGCGGCGCGACCCGUCCUUGGAGGAGAUCCAGAAGAAGCUGGAGGCAGCGGAGGAGAGGAGGAAGUACCAGGAGGCUGAGCUGUUGAAGCAUCUGGCAGAGAAGCGGGAGCACGAGCGGGAGGUCAUCCAGAAGGCCAUCGAGGAGAACAACAACUUCAUCAAAAUGGCCAAAGAGAAGCUGGCGCAGAAGAUGGAGUCCAACAAGGAGAACCGCGAGGCCCAUUUAGCGGCCAUGCUGGAGCGCUUGCAGGAGAAGGACAAACACGCAGAAGAAGUGAGGAAAAACAAGGAGCUCAAGGAAGAAGCCUCCAGGUAAAGAGGCGAUGGUUGGACUGACAGCUCCGGGGAGGUGGCAAAGGCUGCCGCAGCGCAAGGUUGGAUGGUGGAAGGGUGGACGUUCCUCUGCUUUCUUUGUUCGUGAAUGUAAAGAGUUGACC